UCUCAAAAUUUCUUUUAACCCUAAAAAUGAGAAACACAUACUUCUCUCUCCCUCAAUCUCUCUGGCAAUAACUCACGAGACUAAUCACAAAUCUCAAACCCUACAAUCGGCCCCCAGACAACUACACUUACCAUCUCAUCUCUAUAAUUCCACCUCCAUUACUCAACCACUCACUCUCGCACUCUCCGAACCCUUACUGCGAUUGUUGCAGAUGCCGCUCAUUCUUGGCGGUGAAUCAUUUUUUUGGGUAGAUUUGGGGCGGAAGAGAAAUGGGUUUGGGGGAUGAGGAGAAUGGAAAUGGGUUUGUUUCUGUUAAGGGGUUUUCGGAUGAUGAUUCGGCUAUUCGUGAGGCCAAGUCUUUUAAUGCUAUUCGAACUGCUUUCGAAAACCUCGAAGACAAGCUGGAGUUUCUCCAAGCAGAGGGGAUGGCACACACAUUCAAGCAGAGAAUCGCUCAAGCUGAAGCCAUGGCCCGUGCUGACAUGCUAAGAUUUUAGCCUGAGGCAUUGCUAUUAAACUUGUGUUUGUUUUAGGAUAGUUUAAGGUGCAUUCUACGAUAUGGACUACAGGAAACAGGUACAUUUACAUAUUUCACAGAAAUUCUACGAUAUGAACAAUUCUCAGAAAUUGAGUUUUAUGUGCUUUCAGUUAUAUUUCUGAGAAAUGUGUUAUAUCCACUUUUUCCAGACCAAUUCCGGUCUACCAAGCACUAUUGUUUUGAUUUGGGUUAUUCAGCUGUUCGAUACAACAUCUUCUAUCACCAGUGGGAUAUUAGGCUAGUACUGGUCCCUUAAAUAUUAAAUAUCAUAAGAUCAUAUACUUAUGUAGAAAUUGUUUAUUAAAAUCAGACUGUUUUUGUUGUUGUUGCUGACUUUAUAUGAUCCGAUGCAUUCUUGCUUUAAUACAAGCAGGAUAUAUCAAUUUUGACAUGAUUUUGUUAAGGAUGAUUUGUUAGUGUUGUAAUAACAGGGGUUUUAUUUAGCAAAAAAAGAGAAGAGGGUAGUUAUAGUUAUAGCUAAAGUUGGUUAAAAAGAGUGAAGGAUGGCUGGAGAGGGAAAGCUGGUUUGUGUAACAGGGGAAUCUCGAUAUAUAGCUUCAUGGCUUGUCAAGAUGUUGCUUCAACGUGAUUACACUGUCAAUGCAACUGAAUUAUCUCUCGGUUUGUUUCUCACUCUCUUUUUAUUUAUAUAUUUCUCUUCUUUUUGUGUUUCUUGCUAUGUUGAUUUACACUGCACGGGUCAAUUAUCUUGCUCAAUUUAGUCUUUUCUCUGAUGUUUAAGUUGAAAAUUAGAUACCCAUUUCUUUAUAUAUAGUCUCUUGGCUAGUUGUGAUUGCUAAUUUGAUUGAAAGUCAUAGCUUGAAGGGAGUAGGUUCAAGCUUGUGAACUUUAAGAUAUUGAUAGAGCUUUUGUUUUCUUCUCAACUUUAUUAUCACCUUUCAAAAACAUUGGCUGAACAAGCAGCUUUGAAGUUUGCAGAAGAGCACAAAUUGUCUUGGUGACACAGCGUCCAGGGUCCUGGUAUGGCCAGGGAUGACUUUGCCAGCCAACAGCUGGUCUUUGAAAUGUUGAUCCAAUGCUUAAAAGACUGAUGGCCCGCUAAAUUAUCUCUGUCAAUACCCAUAUUACUAAAGCUCUGAUUCGAUCCGAUGUAUGAUCCGAUGCCUUCUUGCUUUAAUACAAGCAGGACACAGAAGGAAACUGCAUUCGAUUGCAUAUUCAGAAUUCUCAGAAUCACUACGAGAAUGGGAGAUUGCCUUCUUGAAAAAACUGCAUUAAAUGACGACGAGGAAAGUGGUAAAGUGUUGCUGAUGCUGGGGAAGUUCAGUUUAUCAUCCAGAAUCUUUUUGAUCGCUAUGUGGGUUACGUCUUGGAUUCCUUAAAUAAUUAUAUUUAUUAAUUAGCUAUUAAUAUUUUGUUCAGCGCUCCCUUAUCUUCCAGACGAUCACCAUCCCGUCAGAGUCCCUUCUUAAUGAAUUGUGUACUGUUGAGGAUAGUUCAUGUAAAAUAGUUAAAUUCACAGGUACAUGGGAAAUUAGUAUAAUAUGUUCUCUGUACCUAUUUAUUUAUCGUUCGCGUUGAUUGGUAUUUUUCUUAUUCAUUUCUAAGCCAUGAUUAACAUGAAGUAUAUGUCUUUUACAGGCCGCCAAAGAGUUUGGAGUUUGGAUUUUUGCCGAUGGCUGACUAGAUUAUUGACUAGAUUAUUUUAGUUUGGAGUUUUUGGAUAACUUUAGAUUUUGGUAGUUUGGGCUUUUUUGGUAUAUUGGUUGUAUAUGAUUGAAUGUUGGAUAUUGGU